CCCAAUAAUCUUUUUUUUUUCUUCCGGAUAUAAUUCUUUUAUUUUUGUGCUCUAUAAAUCCAACCCUUUGAAAUGGUAAUUGAUAAAAUUAUAGCACUUUUGGUUCAAAGAUGUCUGGGACAAGAGUUAAAGCACAGAGCAGAGCUUUGGUCAUCAUAUUUGGCCUUCUCUGCUUGCUUUUGCAAAGUGAAGAAGCCCACCAUGGAACUGAAUAUGUAGUGGGAGAUGACAAAGGCUGGGACCUGUAUCCUGAGGUAUGCAAUUGGGGGAAAGACAAGCACUUCAAGGCUGGAGAUGUCUUGGUUUUCAAAUAUAGCAACCCAUUAUUUAGCGUGGCGGCUGUGGAUGCAAAAGGGUACCAAUGUUGUAAUGCAAAAGGCCAUCUUAAGAAGUUAUACAACUCUGGGGACGAUCAUGUGGUGCUAAAGAAGGGUCAAAACUACUUUAUUUGUAAUGUUAUAGAUUACUGUGGUUAUGGAAUGAGAAUUGCUGUUCAUGCAGAGUGAUUCAUCUAGCUAUAUAUAUGCUGCUUGUUACAGUAGUUUGUCUUUGCAAUAAAGAGUUUCUAUGAAGGAAAUGUUGUAAUAUUAAUCUUUUGUAUGUUAUUUUUCUGAAUGUAACCAUUUCUUCUUUCUCCUUCCCCUU